AACGUGAUUACAUGUUCAACAGAAAUAGUAGUAAAUAAAGGAUGGAAAGUCACAAAAGAACGAACGAUCACGAGAAAUUUCUGCGUAAUGAAUGUUAUCCUCUUCGUUUUAUCCCGUCUGGGGAAUGCACAGAUGGAGUUGGGCAUACAUGAAGUGGAAAGGGUGUGCGCGUCUCGACUCAACGUGUACUCCACAAUCAACCGUGAACAACUCUGCAUCGCUCCCACAGAGCCUGUGCCUCUCAAAACCGAGGAUUAUAACCCCCGGGCCAAGCUUGCAAAAUCAUCUUCCUCCGUUCCGCAUUGCGGAGACGAAUAUUCUCUUCCGAUUCUCCAAGCGCGAGGCGUCGAGCAAUCUCCAUUUCGUAGACACUUGGAUGUGGUGGACACACGUCGUCGACAUCAAUAAAUUCGCUGAACUGGAUAUCCAUUACAUCUUCCCCGAGCGCGAGACGUCGAGACAGUUCCUUGUCAGCAUACUCUUCCCACUCUCUGCGCAUCUUUUUUUCAUUUUCGGCCUCGCCUUUUGUGGAACUCGCAAUGAUGUGAUCGCCUUUGUGAUAAGGGUCAUGUAGCCACUGGCUCUCACCAUCGUUCGGCUUGACGCGAAAGUCCAUGCGCAAAUCUCUUACUGAUUGGGGUGGAUCCCUAUGUAUGCUGCGGAACUUUAGGUGUCUCAACCUAGAGCGGAGCACCUUCUUUUCUGCCAUCAUAUCGUGGUGUAGUUGGAUCAGUUGAUCCGUAUCGAAUAAAGUCAAAUUUGGGAUUGAUGUCUCGUGCCAUGAAUCGAUGAGAACCGACUCCACCGAUUCCGGUAAUAGCUCGAGCAGUUCACGCGCUGUCAAGUUUUGAAUAUCUUCGGGGGAGACGGUGCGCACCAACAAGUUCAUAUUGGCUUGGAAGACUUUGAGUUGCUUGAAGCAUCCCAAGUGGCGUCUCGUUAUCAAACCGAAUGUUACAGGAAUUUCGCGCUUUUUAUAGCCGAUUCCUUCGACGUAUAUAU